AUGCUUCUCUCAACACGAGCCAAAUCUGCCGAAAACGCAAGCGACGCCUUGCACAUCUGGAAAGCUGUGGAUGAUCUCUUUCAUCCUACUGCCAACCCUACGGGCUUUGCGACAUUAGGCGUCUCGGAGAACACGCUGAUGUCCCGAGAGCUAUCAGAGCAUCUGCACCGGAACUUCAAGCUCCCAAGUCAUUCACUCACCUAUGGAGAUGGCAUGACUGGAUCCAAGAGGAUCAAAGCGGCAUUGGCGACAUUCCUCAACCGUCACUUGCACCCCUUGAAGCCCCUUGAGUCAGCGCAUUUUACAAUCACAAACGGCUGUAGCUCUGCGAUUGAGCACCUUGCCUGGGCUGUAGCAAACCCCGGCGACGCCUUUUUGCUUGGCCGGCCUUACUACAAUACCUUUGUCCCAGAUCUGAUUCUCAGAACUGGUUGCAAGGUCAUUCCGGUGGCCUUUGACAACACCGAUCCCAUAGCCCCUGGGGCAUUUGGUCAUUACAAGCGUGCCCUUGAAUCCGCAGCCGCAGAGGGCCAGCGAGUCACAGGUCUCAUCAUAUCGAACCCACAUAAUCCUCUCGGGAGAUGCUACUCUCGCGCCAGCCUCCUCAGCCUUAUGAGAUUUUGCUCCGAGAACGAUAUGCACUUCAUCAGCGACGAAGUAUACGCCUUGUCAGUCUGGGAAGACAAAGUAGACCAUGAGUCCGAAUCAGCGCUUUUCGAAUCGUGUCUAUCACUCAACACAGACGGCGUACUCGCUCCCGACCGAAUCCAUACAAUCUGGGGUAUGUCGAAAGACUUUGGCGCGAACGGACUGCGGAUUGGGGCUGUCAUCUCCCAGUCAAAUCCGGCUCUGCACAAAGCUUGA